UUCUUCGUCAAAAGCCAGAAAAUGCAACCGGGAACAAUGGUAUUUCAAGAUAGCACUGCUGACCGCUAUUUGCUGCAGUGUUUAUUUUAGAAAUGGAUUAACUUAUGUCUGUCAAAAUGGAGACACGAUUCUUUCUACCUGAGCACACUAGAAUCAAGGACUCUUCCGGAAGUGUCUCCGACAGGACCUUUUAUGCGGAGAACCUACUCGAGACGGACAGCAGAAAAACCCAGGUGCAUCCAAAACACAACAGACUAAAACGAGCGAAAGCACAAAAAAGAUCGGAGAAUUUCACUGGCUGCGGAAACAAUCCCACCCAUGUAACUGAGACCACCGAGUCCAGCUCAUUUUGUGAUGAUAUUCUAAAUAACCGUGAUGGAAAACUACUUCCAGAUGCUGCAAUACCUAACGUUACUGGCGAUAAAGACAAUUCAGCUCUUCCUCCUACAUCACCAGAUCUUCCCACAGAAAGCGUAAGAAAGGAAGGACACCAUUCUCAAACAACGCUGCAAAAAGUUUCUCGAAUGCAAAACGAGGGAUAUAUGAAACGCAGUAAACUGACAUUAAAGAUGAUGAGGAGCGAUGUGAGUUUGCAGUUCGUCCCCAUUCCUGCAGAGAGAGAACGUGACUUAAGUGACAAAAGCUUAAAAGGCAUUGAUCAUUUUAGAGCUGAUAAAGAGGUGUUGCCCAGCUGUUUACGAAUAAACACCAGUGACAAUGACCUACUGGAUCUGCCAGAGGUUAACAUUAACAUUGUACAAAUCCCGGAGAGCACAAAACAUGAUACUGGCCAAGCCCUGCCUCUCAUCACUCAUCCGGCUAACGUUACUCAGCGCAUCUGUACAGAACCAGCCAAUAUCAAACCCCUCAGAGAAAUGAAAUCUGGAUGGAGAAAUGAAUUUGGCAAUGAAAUGAGCAGUGAGUUGCUGGAAGAGAUUCAGAUACUCAAUAUGCAGUUUCCUGUCCACAGGUUCUUCACUCUUCUCAUGAGGAAGAGAACUGCACCUAAGGAGGAUAUUUCUGCUUUGGAGGCAGAUGAAACUGAUGAUUCCAAGCAUCUUUCAGCUUCUGCCCAGAGAAAGAGAAAACAAGAGUUAGAGGAGCAGACCUGUGACAGGACAUACAAACGUCACAGGACAAAUAAAGACUGUGUUUCUGCUGAUAAGUUGGACUUUGAACAAUUUUCAAAUGGUUUGGUCCCCUCUCAUGCGAAGUACAGAAACAGACUGAGCCGAACAAAACGCAGGCAGCAACAACCUGCAUUCUGUGCUGUAGUCACUGAACCAGUGCAGAAUGAAUCUGUUCAUCAGGACCCAUGGCCUGGUCAUCUACGAAGAGAGGAUGUUCUCUGGACAGAUAAAUAUCAGCCUCAACAGUCUAGCGAAGUCAUUGGCAACUCUGCAUCAGUAGGGCAUCUACACAGCUGGUUGAAAGAAUGGAAAAUAAGAGCAGACACUGAGGAGAGGAGAAGAAGACAAGAAGAAAGGAGGAUGAAGAUAGAAAACAGUCAUGAGUCAUGGGACUGUGGUGAUUUUGAGGGUGAUACUGUAUCCAUAGACCAUGAACAGGAGCUGUGUAACACAGUGCUCAUGAUUGGUCCAUCAGGAGUGGGCAAAACGGCUGCUGUGUAUGCCUGUGCACAAGAGCUGGGAUUCAAGGUGUUUGAGGUGAAUAGCUCAAUCCUGCGCUGUGGUCGUCUCAUACUCUCCCAGCUGACAGAAGCAACUCAGUCUCAUCAGGUCGACAUUCAGAAAAUGAAAACCCUCAAAUCUGAAAUCAUUAAUCAAAGCAAAAUCAAACUUGAUCCACCUUCCAAGAAAGGCCAUAUGAAUCACCAUCUAAAGAAAACUUUAACUUCUCCUAGCAUUUCCCGUCUAAGCACUAAACCACAGCCAGUAAAACUCACUCACUUUUUCAAGUUGAGUAGCAAAAAGUCUGUAGGUAAAACAUCUGAUGGUCCUGAACAUUAUAUACAUGCUGGCAAAUUGAAACCAGAUGGGCUUCAGAGAUCAGUGUCUGGUUUUAAAGACAAUAGACAACGUGAUCAAGAAUCAACAUGUCCUUCUAAAGAUCCUACUUCACUUGGACAGAGCCGAACAGUCCCAAUGUCACUUAUACUAUUUGAGGAGGUUGAUGUCAUUUUCCCUGAAGAUGUUGGAUUUCUUGCAGCUAUUAAGACUUUCAUGAGCACAACCAAAAGACCAAUAAUUCUGACAACCAAUGACCCAUCAUUUAGUAGAAGACUUAAGGGGCAUUUUGAUGAAAUCCAUUUACAAACUCCUUCACUGGAAACCAUCAGGAGCUAUCUGCAGUGUUUGUGUGUGGUGGAAAACAUGAGGACAAAUCCAGAGGACGUGGCUUUUUUGCUGUGUCAGAAUAAGGGGGAUAUCAGACAGAGUAUUCUCCAGCUUCAGCUCUGGGUCUGUAGUGGUGGAGGGAGCACAGAACUGCAAAUCCUCAAGAACAUACUCAAAUGUGAAUCCUGGACUGAGCUGGAAAACAGCAGGUGUCUGGAGAUCCUGGCAGAGAAAAUGGGAGCAGGUCUACUGUACUCUAACAUCGAAAGUCUCUUUUCUCCACAUUUCUCAUCUCAAUCUUCAUAUCAGCAACAAUCAAUAAAUCUCAAGACGAAAGGAGAAAAGCCAAUAAAAGGCUUGAUGUUACAGACCUCCACAAAUGUACACGAGGUUAGACCAGACAGGCUCUCUACAUGCAGAAGAAAAAAACAUUUGUCAUCUUGUGAGCCAAAAACUUUUUCUUACCCACAUCUCAAACUUUUCUCUUUGGAUGCAUCUUAUAAUUCUUCAGCCCCUUCAAAACAAACAAAAUAUUUGACUUCCGAAACAGAUGUCCAUGGACAAGAUGAAUCACUUGUGCUGGUUUUUCAGCACAUGGUGUGCAUUUCAAAGUUUUUUGAAAACAUGUCUUUUCUGGAUGCUUAUUUACAAAGACCAUCUCUCAGAGGAACUGGACUUUGUAAGUCGGAACCUCUUAGUUGGAUGGGUGCCUCAUUGAAGGACGGCUUAUUGGACUUACCAAGAGAGGAGCAGAUCGGACAAUGUUUUGAGAAUUCAUCCCAGAUAUUGGCCAUUGUGGAAGGUUUGAGUUUCCAUCAGUGUCGGACUGAACUUUCUAGGAUCUGGACGGAAACCACAAGACUGAGGAAGGAGCUGUCUUCAGAGAAAUGGGAACAAAUGAUUUGUGCCCUGUCUCUGCCAUCUGACAAAAAACCCCUCAGAAUGUGUCACUGCAAAUUCUGUGAACCUAGUGGUGUCCAGAAGCGCAAUGAGAUUGUAUCCAAUCUGAUCUCCAGCAAAAAGUUCUAUUGUCAUAGUAAUAAACAUGUUCUUUUCAUGGACUACCUGCCCACUAUGCGCUCAAUCUGCAGAGCUGAGAAAGUUAAAGAACAGUGCUCCUUAAGACAUUCCCACUACCUCUCAAGCCUUCACCUGCCCAGAAGCUUGCUGGAAUUCAUGGCCUUGGAUUUCCCUUGAUGUGUGAUUGACAUACUGCUAUAGAAAAUCCUCCAUGACUUCUAAACUGUUCACUGUAUUGUGACAUGAGUGUGACUUGUGUGUGUAGAUUGUAGAGUCACAGAAAUAUAUUUGUAUAAUAGAUCAUUUAUUCUUGGAAAAUAAAGAAAUAUAUUUUUCUAAUUAACUAGGAAUUACCUCAAACGGGCAUAAUGAUGUUCUCGUUGAGCAUUUCAGUACCACUCAUACUAUCUAUAUACAGGGGGCACCAAAAAGACACUUAAGUUUCAUUUAAAAAUGUCUGAACUUCACUGUAUUAGAUACAAAAUGUCAAUCUAAGUGUCAUCUGUGAAAAAAUAAGGAGCUUUUCUUAGAAUUUAAUUUAGUUUCCUUAAACCACAUAUUCAAUUGUUUUUAACCAACUGUAAGUUCUCCUUAAUGGGAUAGUUCACCCAAGUGAUACUUGCAAAAUGUAUACUACACUUAUAUACAGCUUAGAGAAUAUAAACAAUGAAAAGAUAACCUACACAAAUAAUAUUUACCCCUAUAAUAAUCGGUGUUCACAUUAUUUUGUCCUAACAGUACACAUUUUGGAUGUGUGUCAUCUGACACAACCAUUUCAGGUCUUGAAGUCUCUACUAACAAGUUGAUGCGUUGAAUCAGGAGUGUUUUAUUAGGGAGACAUACAACAUGUGCAGAGUUGGGGGUAUCCAGGUCCAGGAAAAACUAAUUAGUUGAUAAGAGAAGUGCAGCAAGGACCAAGAGUUAAAUAUUGUAUGAAGUUCAAAAAGUAGUUACGGGAGGAACCUAAUCAUCCAGUCCCGGCGAUCAUCAUUACAAGCUUAUAUAAGCAGCACUCACUGCACCUUCCCAGCGUCUGUUCUUCCAGCAUCCCGCCAACACCCCAUCUCCUCUAUUUCUGUUAUUCUCCCUCUAGUUAGUACCGCAAUGGGGGGAUUUGAACUCUGAGCUCAAGCCGAGCCUCCAUUGAGGACAGCAAGCCAAGUUUGUUUACCGCUAACCAUCAGGACUGGAUGGGCAGGCGAACUCGUGAAAUAAAAUUGAGUGUGGCAGGGAUAGUUCCCCCAAAAGAAAGUUGUCAUCAUUUAAUGACCCUUAAAUGGUUACUCCACCCCAAAAUGAAAAUUCUGUCAUUAAUCACUUACCCCCGUGU